UUUCAGAUUUUUAAAGGUUUGAAUGAAGUUAUAUGACAAAAAUUGAAGUUUAUGUAUUUGACUAAAUUCGGUAUAGGGGUUGCAAACGAAUAAGAUAGUGAUGUUAAGGAAGUGCAAGUGAUUUAAUGAAUUUGAUAAUGAAUGGUGAUUAGUUGAUAAAUCGUUAGAGAAAAGAAAAUUUGGGAAAUUCAUUCAAGUAUCGAGAAUGGAGAUUCAAGAGAAAAUUUGAAAGUUGAGGAAUUAAGUGGUGACUUUGCAUUAGUUUAAUUGUCAUAUUUUAAUUUGAGUUAUUAUACUGUUAUUUCAGGUAAUGACGUGGAAGUUUGGAGAUGAAGGUUAAUUUAGCCAUAUUUUUAUCCAUAGAGCAGUCAACAAUGGUGGAAAAUAAGUCGGAAGCAGUAGAAAGGGCCUACACUUCACCACAGGUGAAUCCUUACAGCCGAGUAGAUGAAGAGGUGGCGACGGUGGCGGAAAGGGAGGACCGCCGCAAGAAACGGCUCAAAUGUUUCAUGUACGUCGCUGCCUUCGUCGUGUUUCAAACCGGAAUCAUUCUAAUCUUUGCACUCACUGUAAUGAAAGUAAGAACACCCAAAUUUCGAGUCCGAUCUGCUUCUUUCGACACUGACACUUUUAACAUUACAACGUUAAACACGAAUCGCUCAUUUCACAUUAAAAUGAUCGCUGAACUUGGCGUCAAAAACCCUAAUUUUGGUCGGUACAAGUAUCAGGACAGCUCGAUUGAAUUUUAUUACAUGAACAUAAAAGUUGGAGAGGCAUUCAUUCCUAGAGCAAGAGCAAGACCUCGGUCUACGAGGAAAUUUAACGUACCGGUGGAAUUAUCUUCUGUAAAUGUUCCAAGAACUCUCGCAGCACAAUUUGCAGCUAGUACAGUUAUUCCAUUGAGCAGCCAGUCUAGAUUGAGAGGAAAAGUGGAGCUUAUGAAGAUCAUAAAGAAGAACAAAUAUACUAACAUGAGUUGCACCAUGGAAAUCGAUACUUCUUCAAGGCAGCUGAGGAAUUUGUAUUGCAGAUGAGCUUGUUUGAUCUAUACAUAUAUAUGUUAUUUCUUCUGAUUUCUUUAAAUACGUUAUUAGUUGCAAUUCUUUUUCCUACAGUUCAGUGUUUACGAUAAAUAUGAUGAAAAUAUUUUACAUAUUAUUAUUUAGAAA